GAGCCAGAGAGCGCUUGACCACCCAACUCCACAACUCCCCAGCUGCAGGCUCAUUGUUCGACUUUGUCUGAGUGCAUCUUCACCGAUCCUCACUCACCCCGCCCGCAUCUGCCGACGCAUUGCCCUCGCUCCCUGCAACGGUAACCAUCGAUAGGACUCACUCUAAACCAACAGGAGCCUCCAGACGGAACAAUCAUGGCCGCAAACAUGCGGGGGUUGACCCAGUUCAUCGCAGACAUACGUGGCGCUCGAGUCCGUGAGCUGGAAGAGAAACGUAUUAAUAAAGAAAUGGCGAACAUCCGCAAGAAGUUCAAAGUUGCAGAUGGCAACUUAGACGGAUAUCAGAAAAAGAAAUAUGUUGCCAAAAUCAUAUUCACGUACAUUCUCGGAUAUAAAGUCGACGUUGGGCACAUGGAAGCGGUCAAUCUCAUUUCAAGUCCGAGAUACAGUGAGAAACAAAUUGGCUACCUCGCUGUUACACUGUUGAUGCAUGAGAACUCUGACUUCCUUCGGCUUGUUGUCAACUCAAUACGAAAGGACCUCCACGAGAAUAAUGAAGUCAAUAACUGCCUUGCUCUACAUGCGAUAGCCAAUGUCGGCAGUAGUGAAAUGGCUGAAGCACUUGCAGAGGACGUGCAUAGGCUAUUAAUCUCACCGACUUCUGAAAGCUUCGUUAAAAAGAAAGCAGCUUUAACUCUUCUUCGCAUAUACCGGAAACAUCCUGAUGUUAUCCCAGCUGCGGAGUGGGCCCUUCGAAUAGUCUCAAUCAUGGACGACAAUGAUUUAGGCGUGGUGAUAUGUGUCACUAGUCUGGUUAUGGCACUUGCACAAGACUUUCUUGACGCGUAUGCUGUCUGUUACACGAAGGCCGUAGAUCGACUGCACCGUUUAAUCAUUGAUCACGAAUACCCAGCGACCUAUGCCUACUACAAGGUCCCAUCUCCAUGGCUGCAAGUCAAACUUCUUCGGCUGCUGCAGUACUAUCCACCGUCCGACGAUUCCACUGUACAAUCUGUCCUUCAGAACGUAUUACAAGCAAUAAUGGAGAAUAGCGCAGAACCGUCAAGAAAUGUUCAGCACAACAAUGCGCAGCAUGCAAUUUUAUUUGAAGCCAUCAGUUUGGCGAUUCACCUUAAUCCCAGCUCCCCUCUCGUCAGCACGGCCGCUGUGCUGCUCGCUCGUUUUAUCUCUUCCAAAGAGACAAACGUCCGGUAUCUUGGUCUUGACACUAUGGCCCACUUAGCUGCCCGUGUUGACUCGUUGGAGCCUUUGAAGAAACAUCAGGGCACGAUCAUCUUAUCACUCCGUGACAAGGACAUCUCAGUUCGUGGUCGGGCCCUCGAUCUACUGUACAGUAUGUGCGAUACCGAUAACUCUGAGCUCAUAGUUGGCGAACUACUGCGAUACCUGAAGGUCGCAGACUAUGCCUUACGGGAGGAGAUGGUCCUUAAAAUCGCCAUAUUGACAGAGAAAUACGCGGGUUCCUACAGGUGGUACAUUGACACUAUACUGCAGCUAAUCAGUGCUGCUGGGGAUCAUGUCGGAGAUGAAGUUUGGUAUCGUGUUAUCCAGAUCACCACGAACACCGAGGAUCUCCAAACAUACGCCGCUAGAGUCGUGUUUGAGCACCUCAAAGCACCGUCCACCCAUGAAAGUCUUGUCAAGGUUGGAGGAUACAUUCUCGGAGAAUACGGCCACCUCAUUGCCAAUGAAGCUGGUUAUAGUCCAGCGGAACAAUUCCAAGUCUUACACUCCAAGUCACAGUUUUGUACGGCAUCCACUCGUUCUCUCCUACUUUCGGCCUACAUCAAAUGGGUUAACGUUUUCCCGGAGAUCAAACCUCAGCUGUUGAAUAUCUUUGAGCGGUAUCGUCAUGUCCUCGAUCCUGAACUUCAGCAGCGUGCCUGCGAGUUUUAUGCCCUUGCUUCAAGGCCCGAGGAAGACGAAAUUUUACAGAACGUCUGUGAAGAAAUGCCGCCCUUCCCUGCCCGAGAGAGCACCUUGUUGAUUCGGCUGAAUCGGAAGCACGGUGAUACAGAGGACAAACGCACAUGGGUUCAUGGAGGCAAGGAGAUAAACUUGGAUCGGCAGCUUACAACUAAGAAGAAGUCGACAUCUACACCUGCACCCAACGGUAGCGGCGGCCAAACAAAUGUCCAAGAUGCGUCUAGUUCCCUUGCAGGCCUCACUGUAUCACAAUUCGGAGACGUCUCUAAUCAAACGUCGGACACGAAUCUAUCAAGUACCCCCCUGGUGACUGGAGUGAACAUUGACCGGUGGCUCAACAAAUUACUCCACGAUGCAGAAGGUGUCUUGUACGAAGAUGUCCAGAUUCAAAUUGGUAUUAAGUCGAGGUAUCAAGGACACCUUGGACAGCUCGCCAUUUAUAUCGGCAAUAAGGUCUCUGCUCCGCUCACUUCGUUUACUACAACUGUGCGUGUCGGAGACCCAGAAGCGCUGUCAGCCACUUUCGCCAAGAUCCCUUCUAGCACAGUCGCCCCGCGAACACAGACUCAACAACUUCUUCACGUUGAAUGCAAGAAACCUUUUAGCACGCUCCCGGUCCUAACAGUCUCUUUCCUCGCUGGUGCUCAUCAAUCCAUAUCCAUGCGAUUACCGAUCUCGGUAACCAAGUUCCUUGAACCUGUGACUCUGGGCCAAACAGAUUUCUUUGAACGCUGGAAACUAAUUGGUGGUCCUCCUCGAGAGUCGCAGUCCGUCUUCCCCAUUAAAUUGACCGCAGGUGGACAGGUUGAUAUCGAGAGGAACCGCCAGGUUAUAUCGGGGCAUCGCUUUGAAGUUUUGAAGGAGAUCGACUCUAACCCCACCAAUAUUGUUGGAGCUGGUGUUCUUCACACAUCGGUAGAUGGCAAGGUUGGAUGUCUGCUCCGACUGGAACCUAACCGAGAAGCAAAGCUCUGCCGAGUGACUGUUCGUAGCACGUCUGAAGAUAUAGCUGCUGAAGUUGAGAAACUCGUGAAGAUAACUUUAGUGCAAGACUCAUGACAGAACAUUAUUUGCAUGUUAACCAUCCUCGUAUGUUACAAUAAAGACGCAUGAGCUGAAUGGCGUCAUUAUCGUCGUGAUAGGAACCCUGGAAAUAUGUUCCUUUUCCUCUUUGACGCUUCGUCCUCUGAACCUGGGUUGAUCAUUAAAGCAUGUUCGUUGGACAACGUCCUGGAAACCUGCAAGACCGAUGGUACUGCCAUGUAGCCAACCUCGGCACCCUCAGAACAGUUACUCUGCAUCUUUGUGCUUGACGAAGAGUUGUCGUAAGACACUGAGAAAUCAACUGAUCCCCGUGCAGCGGGUGAGGGCAUAUCCAAAGUUCUUGAAGCGAGAGGAAGGUUGAGUGAUAAAGACGAAAGACUUCCGUUGACAAGAAGAGGAGGGCCUGGAACGUCCCAACGUAUGAAAGUAGGCCGAGAAGGAUCACUGCCAGUAAGUGAGCUGACGCGGCGUAAAGCCUGCUCCUCGAGCUCAAAAGAUCUUGCACAAAGUUCUUGAAGUUUACUCUCAUGCAGAGUUCCGGCCUUAGACUCGAACAUGAUGGCUCUUGCACUUCGAACAAUGGUGGAGCUAAUCACUGCAAGGUAUCUUGGGUGGUCCAGUAAAUGUGGAAGUAAAGGCAAAGCUUCCUUUUCAAGUGCUUGCAUUCUUUUGCGGCGAUGGUGCAAAGAACUAGAAACCUUGCGCAGUUCGUGUUUAUGGGUGCCCCCGUCACCAGUCAAGUUGCGCGAUUCGGCUAUAGGUGUUGAGACGGUAAGGAUAUAGUCCAUCAUGCCAGGUAGGUUUAGUUCCAGAAACCUAUUCGCGCCUCGCAUAUGGUCUUCUUUCGCAAAUUCAUGCUGUAAAUUAGCGAGAGUUUGAAGCACUUUCGCAACGAGCGUGAGACUUCUUUGAGCCGAAGCUGACGGAAGACCAGGAUAGAGCCCAAAUAAGUGAGGGGUCAAUAUUCCGGGCACAAUGAAGCGCAGGAAGCAGAACGCUGAGACGCCUCGGAAAGGCAAAUGACGAUGCCUACGUUCUUCAUUCCCCUUCGUGGCAAAACGCUGCUCGACAAGUUUCCUAAUAUGCUCGAACAACUGUCUCAGUUCCCUUGUGAAAGUGAAGUCGUAACAUAGCACAUCUAGGUAGCCAGAAAUGUAAAACAUACUGUGGGCAUUUGCUUCUCGCAGAGUAAACUUGAUCCCAUAUCUCUUGACACCAGAGAGUUAGUUGUUCCAUGUUCCGAUCAAGGUCCUUUGAACCUUUCGUAUUUCUGACCGGAUCCACUUCGAUCACCACUUUCUCAUCACAAAGGCGGCGAACAAUGCUCCCUAUGCUGAUCUCCAAAAAAGCUGCCCCAUAGAACUUCAUGACAUGCUCCAUCAUUUUCGUCAAAGCAGUAUUGCC